AUGGCCCAUAGAAAUGUUGCUACUAAUUCUUCUUUCGAGAGAAGUAGCUUGGCUUCACUGGAUCAAAAGUUGGCCAUGGCCAAGCGCUGUUCUCGUGAGGGUAUGAUGGCAGGGGCCAAGGCAGCUGUUGUUGCCACUAUCGCCACUGCUAUUCCAACUCAGCUGGCUAGUGUAAGAAUGCUACCUUGGGCAAGAACCAAUCUCAAUCACACUGCUCAAGCUCUCAUAAUUUCCACGGUGGCUGGAGCAGCAUAUUUCAUAGUAGCUGACAAGACCAUUUUGGCAUCAGCAAGAAAGAACUCCUUCAACCCACCCUCCAAUGCAUGA